AUGGAUAUUACAUUAAAUUUUCUGGAUCCUCAAGAAGAGAAAAAUUAUGGUCUUUAUAGUCACUAAAUAGAGCUGAAUUUAUUUAAAAGACUACUCUACAGUAUGAUGAUUGGAUCAUUUUCUGGUUCUAUAUACUUUCUUAUAACAUAAGACUAUAUGUAUAUAGUAUUAGGAAUUUAUAUGUUCAUCUAAACUAUUUUAGCAAUUUUCCUCUCAAAAAAAUCGAUAUAAUUUUUGAAUGUUGUAGCUUUUGUAUACCAAAUGGAGAUAUAAACUUUACUUGCAGUCCUAAUCACAUAAUUAGAUAGUACAUUACAAAGAGGAACUGUAAUGGUAAUAACAUCAGCAGCUUUUUAAUUAUCUAUAUGGUAUAUAUAACAUUUUAAUUGAAUAGUCUCUCUAUAGGAACAAAAUUUUACUUAAAAUUAUUUGUAAGCCUUUACUCAAUCUCUCUUUAAAUAUUGCUAAGCUCGAUGAUUGAAAUUUUAAGUUUCGUUUGGAUUGGAUUUGCACUUUUUUCACUUAUUUUCUCAUUCUAAUUCAUUUAUUAUUAAGAAUACGAGAAGAGGUAAAAAUAUACUUUGCAUUAAAAUGCUUAAAGGAUUAAAGAAAACUUAAUAAAUUUAAUUGAGAUACCAAUUCUAACAUGUUAUAAUAAUGAAUCUGAUUUAAAAUUAGUUUUUACUGAAGCAAACAAAUGUGCUUAAAGUCUUCUCAAAGUUACAGAUCAAAACACUUUUCUAAAAUUUGCCAGAGAUGUUAAUGUAAUAUAAACUAAAACAUUUUCUUCAUUCAUAAAAUAAUAAUCUAUCAAUUAAUCCUCUAUCAAUUAAUCAUUAGAAGCUUUGGUUAGAAAAUUCUUUAGAAAAUAAAUUGAUGAAGAAAACGACUUAAAAAACACAUUUUCAGCUUAUAGAUGUAGAGUAAAGCAUAAAUCUAAAGAAUAUUUAUGCUAAUUAAUUUUAUUGAAUGAAAAAUAACCAUAGUGUUUUAUAUAUCUUUAAAGGAAUUUUGAUGAUUAUAUCGAGAAGACCAAUUAAAAAUUAAAUAUUUUAAAUUUGCUACUUAAAAGAUGUGCAUAGGAAAUUUUCACUAAAACUGGAAAUUAAUAAAAAUGCUUUUAAUCUUUGUACUAAUAUUAAAAAAACAACAACUCUCUUCAUAUAAUUUAAAGAUUGGACUAAGAAAUAUUUUAAUUUAACAUUUAUUUUGCAAAUUCUAAAAUAUUGUUUAAUUCUCAUAACUAUAAUUAUUCAGUAAAAAAAUCUUAAAAUUUAAUUCAAUUAAUUGACUCAAUUUUAUUUCAUUUUAGUUACACACUUACUUAAAAAUCUAUUAAAGUCUCUUUUAACAGGAAUAACUAAAAUCCAAUAGUCUUUUGUAAUGAUAUAUUGCUAAAACAAUUAUUUUACAAUUCUAUUGAAAAUGCUAUCAUAUUUGGAAAAGAUUUACUAAAAAUAGAAAUUUAGACUAAUUAUCAUAAAGAUGUUGAUAAAUAAAUAGUUACUGUAAUUAUUUAAAAUACAAUUGAUCCAUUAACUAUUGAAUAAAAUAAUAAAGAAAAAUAUUUAAAAUUAGGACACCUUGUAAUGAAUAAAAUACUUAGGUUGAUUGGUCCAUUUAAAACCUUGACCACAUCAUUAGAGGCUGAUUUGUACUAAGUUAAAUUUUAUUUAUUUGAAAAAUUAUGA